AACUGGACAGUGACAGGUAAACAACGCCUGCGUUGGUUUUCUGCACACAGUGAGAUGGUGAUAGAGUUGAGAUGAAGGGCUAUCAGUUGACAACUCUGUGUAAGCGAUGUCAGUACUCUCUGUUGCGAGCCUGUCAUCAGUUCUCCACAUUCAGUCCCACCCCUUCUCCAAAAAUCUGUGUGGUCGGAAGUGGUCCAGCAGGAUUCUACACAGCACAGUAUAUACUAAAGGGUCAUUCAUCUGUUGAAGUUGACAUCUAUGAGAAGUUGCCAGUGCCAUUUGGACUGGUCAGAUUUGGGGUGGCACCCGACCACCCAGAUGUCAAGAAUGUUAUCAACACAUUUACACAAACUGCCAAAAACGAGCGAUGUAGGUUUUUGGGUAAUGUGACAGUGGGUCGUGAUGUCAGUGUGUCAGAGUUGUUACAUGCGUACACAGCUGUGGUUUUGUCCUAUGGCGCUGAAGCAGACAGGGAACUUGGGAUUCCUGGAGAGGAACUACCAGGAGUGUUGUCAGCACGUUCUUUUGUUGGAUGGUACAAUGGUUUACCAGAAAAUUCUGACCUGAAGCCUGACCUAAGCUGUGACACAGCUGUUGUGCUAGGUCAUGGAAAUGUGGCUUUGGAUGUUGCUAGGAUACUGCUGUUUCCCAAGGAGCAACUGGCUAAAACAGACAUCACACAGGCCGCCAUGGAUGCAAUUUCAAGAAGCCGAAUAAGGAAAGUUUACCUGGUGGGUAGGAGAGGUCCUCUCCAGGUGUCAUUUACAAUAAAAGAACUUAGGGAAAUGAUCAGAUUAUCUGACUGCAGGCCUGUUAUGACCAAAUCAGACUUUGAUGGGGUACCAGAACAAAUCAAAGAUUUGGCCAGACCACGAAAGCGGCUGACGGAGCUGUUAUGUAAAACUGCCCUGGAAUCUCCAUCAGAGCUGGAUGCUAAACUAUAUCGUGAUGCUCAGAACGAAUGGGAGUUAAAGUUUUGUCGGAGCCCGUUAGAAAUGUUGCCAUCUAGUGAUGAAAAAAGGGUCAGUGGAAUUCGAUUAAGCGUGAAUAAAUUAGAGAAUUGUGGUGGAAUUGUGAAAGCUGUCCCAUCUGGAGAGAGAGAAGACAUCUCAUGUGGACUGGUACUAAGAAGUAUAGGAUACAAAAGUAUACCUGUAGAUACUGAUGUGCCAUUUGAUACAAUUCGUGGUGUUGUUAUCAAUGAUGGCGGUCGUGUUACAGAUCGUCCAGGUCUAUACUGCAGUGGUUGGGUGCGGCGUGGCCCAGUUGGAGUUAUUGUGGACACCAUGACGGACGGGUUUGAGGUCGGCAAACAAGUCCUGAUGGAUCUCAAAACUGAUCAGCUCUCAUUAGAUGCCAGAGCAGGAGGGACGGCAAUUCUGUCAUUAUUACAAAAACGAGGUGUACAAGUGGUGUCAUUUGAAGACUGGGAGAAAAUAGAUGCUGCUGAGAAAGAACUGGGCAAGAAAUCUGGAAAGGAAAGAGAAAAAUUUACAGAUUGUCAAGAGAUGCUUCGUGUUGCUGCUUCAUGAUAUUGAUUCAGUCUAGGAGUGUGUUUUUUUAAUUCCAAAUUACCAAAGUGUCUUCCAGCAACCUGCAGAUGGUUGUGACUUUUCCCCCGGUUUCCUCCCACCAUAAUGCUGGCCAUCGUUGUAAAGGUGAAAUAAUCUCGAGUACGACGUAAAACACCAAUCAAAUAAAUAAAUAAAUAAAUUACCAAAGUAAAAUUUUAAAAUAUUGAACAAAAUCAGAAUUGACUUUACAAGAAUAGAUGACAGUUUAAUCUUCAAGAUUUCUGUGCAAAAUUAGCUAUACACAUUGACAAUCAUAACUAAAUGUUAAAUUUUGAAGAAUGAGGGGAACUCAAACACCAGAUUGAGCAAAAUGAUCCUAUAUCCUACAAGAGGUCCAAGUGUAUUGCCUUAAUUAAACCAUAUAUUAGUACACCGCUCCGGUCGAUUUGAGAAGGUCAACGGCAUGCGGAUGGUUGUGGGCUACUUACGGUUUCCGCCCACCACAAUUCUGGUCAGCGUCAAAUAUUAAAAUAAGUGAAUGUGGUAAGAGGACAGUAAUUUGGAAAGUCCUCUAGAUGAACAUUUCAGCUGGACUGUUUAUAGCAUAGAGUGGCCCAUUGAGUGUUCUCGUAUAACUUUCUUAACCAGAAUAAAUCUCUUAGCAGAUAACUACAGUUGUAGAGAGUAAUUUGAAUGAAUUUUGUGUUAUAAUGAUACAUUUGUCAACACCGUCGGAAAUCACACCAUUUUAUGCUGCUUUAUUUCUGGUGAAUAGUCUUAUUCCAUUGACAAUGUUUUACCUAUAUUUGACGCCAGUAAGUAAAGUUUGAUUGCGUGUGCGAAAUGUUCAACCAUGUUCUGAGAGCAUUAUUUCUAUGUAGACUGAUGAAAUUAUACUUCUUGUGGAGUCUGGAUCGUCAGUUGUUUUUGUUUUCACUGGUGGUUCAAGUUGUGUUUAUGAUGGUUCCCAUGGUAACCAGAUUACCAUUCCCUAUACGUAUUAUAUACAUGUAUACGACACCCUGUCUGACCUGCAGUUCUAGUUGUUUUGCUUCUGCAAUUGUAAGUUUUCAUGGAUUCACGGAUACGUAAACCUGUGAUGUCGUGUGCCAUGACUUCAGAUAUUUGCUCCUUUGGUCAUUUGCCAUAAUAACCAGAUUACAAGUUUUUAUGGUGUUCACUGUAUAGAUAGGUAUGGCUGCCUCUAUAAACUGCAAGUUUUAAUUUUUGGUGGAUACACGUAUAUGUAUUUUUAAGGUGUAACCCGCCUAACAAGAUUGUUAGUUUUCUACUGUACAAGAAUAUAUUUCUUGUGGCGUAGGCCUAUACAGAGUUCAUUUACAUUCUUGUUAUUUUUGAGAGCCUUGUUCAAACUGUAAUUCUAUUUUAAUGUGAUGCGUAGGUUACAGUGGAAUGUGUCGUAAAAUGUAAGAGUUUUAUCUCUGAUUGGAACAUUGGGGAUAAGAGUUAUUCCCCUUGUACUGGCUGGGUGUUGAAUAAGAGGCGAGAUCGGAGUUUCAGAUCGAGCUGCUGUGUUGUGAUCUAUGUGAUGAAGGUUUAAACCUGGUCUUGACAGUCCUGGUCCUUUUCCGGGUACAUUAUAUAUUGAUACACUCGUGUCCCCAUGGCUUCUGUGGUCUUUACAUUUCACUAUAUUUACCAUGUUUGCAAGAGCAAUGAAAAGGGAGCUACAAAAAAAAAAAAAAAGCGGGCUUCGAGUGGAGCUGUAUACAUGGACCAGCAACAGGCAGUCAGCGAGAUGGGAAUAAUGUAUCAUUCUGCGAUUACUUGCACCUGGGACUAAAAUAACAGCUAACUGUAUACCAGAUUGUAUUUGUAGGCCAGAGCAAACUUUCAGGCCUAGUCCGAAUACCUGAGGCC